CAGCCAUUUAAAAAUUUUUUUUAAAAUGGCGCCCCCUUCAAGUGGCACCCGGGGCACGUGCCCUGCCUGCCCCACUCUAGAUACGCCCUUGCCAGCUUCCAGAGAUCUGUGCUGCUCCAUGCAGCUGGAUUGUGUGGGUGCAUUCCAGUGUGCCGAAGGGAACUUCAAGGAUCAUCUGGGGGGAAGGUAGGUCCAUCCCUGCUUUCCUCUCUGCCCAUGAAAUAAUCACGGGUGUAGCCUUUUGGAGUUGCAGUUGGUGAUGAGAGUGCCAGCCAAUUAAUUCAGCACUCUUCUUUCUGGAUAGAGGUAUGAGUUUUCUGGCACAUGGAGGACUUGUUUGGCUGAGAAGCUGAAUCUGCAGAAGCUGAACUUGGCUUUAUUGUAAAAGUGCUCCUUUCCCCCUCUUUUUAAAAGUUCAGAAUUAGUGAAACAAGCUAUACUUUCUGGUGGGGAUGUUGCUUCUACAUUACAAUUGAGCUUCUAUGACUUUGUGACAAUUCGGUUUGUUUUUUUUAAAAAAUAAGGCAAAUAUUUUUAAAUGAGGCAAAAUUGGGCAGUUGGAAAAAAUCCCCAUCAAUCCCCCAAAUAUGAUGGAGGUUGUUUCCCAAUUUAUUUCAGUCUCACAGUGGAACUCUCUUAACAGAUUUUGUUUCAGAAAGCACUGUGUGCAAUGCUGUUUGAAGAGCACUGAAAUUAGAAUAAACACAUUAAACUAAAUUUCUCUGUGAAUUUUCAUGGACUUAUGCUCUAAUUUACAGACCUCACAACAAUAAUUCAAAUUAGAAAAAAUAUCCAUACAUCGUAUUCUGGUUUUGUAGCAGUUGCUAGUCUUGGAGCAGUUUUAGGAAGUAUAAACAAAAACAUUGCAAAAUGUAGUUGAGUAAUUACAGGAAAAGGUAUGUGAGGGCUUCCCCUUAGCUGGCCCUCUUGUCUAACCACUGCCACUAAAAUAAAUUUUUUAGCUUGUGUGACUGUUUCCACUCCCAGUCACUGAACCCUCUGUCUUUCAAAAACAAACUCAGUAGUGUGGUAAAUAAAAUAGGCAGGUAGGUGUAAGAUGGGACUAAAAUGACAGGCAGACACUAGUAAAAUAGUAUUAAAGCAAUAACAGGUUUACUAGAAUAAAAGGCUGCAAAAAUUCUAACAGUACAGAAACAAGUAAUGAAAAGUUCAGUUGGCAAGAGCACAGAGUUCAAAAUUCAAAACAAACAAGCUUGCUACCCUUCUCUUUCAAGGCCUUGUAGGUUCUAGUAGGACCAGCUCCUUCAGUGCUACCUUCCCUAGCAGUUUCAGCCCGAUCCUACUCAGUCUCAGUCUCCCAGCUCAAACAUCACUCAGUAACACUCUCUCUCACAGAACUCUUCUUCCACAGUCUUCUUCGCCUUGGCUGUUCAACCCUCCCUUUUAUUCAGUUACAAAAGGAUACAUUAACCAAUCAGGGCAGGGGCGGAGCCACCAUUGGGCCAACGGGUUCAAAGAACACGGACCGUGCCCAAUCAGGGGCCGCACCUUGUGGCCCCGACACCCCUCCCCCCCCGCGUCCGAUGUCAGACGCUGGCGGUCAGGCUGCGCUCCUGAAUCAGGGAGUUUCUUCCCUCAGGCAGCCAGACCCUUCUGUCUCUGCCUGGAGCAUUUUCAGACAGCAGACUUUACUGUUGGUUUACUGUGAGUUUGAAUUUGCCCAAAAAAACUGAUGCAAAAAGUGGAUCUUUUUAACCCCGGACAUAAAUCAGGCUAUGUUCCAAUGCCUAAUGAAAAACCUGAAUCGUGUGUGGAGUGCUCUCCAAUAGCUAACGGGGACUUAGGAGUAAAUCUGGCCAAUAUGUGAACGUGCACCCCCCAUUCUGGAGGAGAAGUGAGCUAAAAGCCCUGUCUGGAAAUGCUCCUGGAGACAACCAGUCACAACACUUUAUAACUUUCCCUCCAAAACUCUCAGCAGACAACUUUUACUUCAGAUUUGGCUGUUGAAGGUUGCUAGCUUUUAACCACUUCGGAGCCUGAAGGGGAAACAGAACAAACUAAAGAAAACUCCUGGCGGGAGUGUAGAGAAAUGGCUAAAAAUACAGGUAACUCUGGGUGGAAAAGUGCAGGCAGGGAGCGAGUUCAGCUUCUCCCCCUCUCCCAUGCUGUAUUUUAAAUUGCCCCCCACACAUGCUUUUUAGGAAAUUGGAAGAAGCGGAGGAGAGUCUAGUCCUACCACCGGCAUAUAUAGUUGCGUCCUACAAGGAGGUCUUACAGGGCUCAACAUAUGAACAUGUUUUAAAUGCUAGAAUUAUUCAUGUUUCAGAUAUGUACUAUAAUAAUAAAACUAUAUGGAAGUGCCUCUGAGCAUGUAAAGUACACUUUCCCUCACUGCUGAGUAACUAAAGUGAGUUUACAUACUUCUGGAAUUGGGAGAUAAGCGCUCCAGUCCUGUAGAAAGGCCUUUAGGCAAGCUUAGCUUCAGAUUUUUUUUUAAAUUACUGUUCAAAUAAUAACAAAGAGAUGUUAAAAUGUUAAAUCCCUAGUGGCCCAUUAUACGGCAAGUGGCUCUUCAUACUAUGGGAAUUGGUAUCCCUAAGUCCAUGUUUACUUCUAGCUGUAGCUGCAUAAACAAAGACUUUCACUAUCAUAACUAAAGCAGUAUCCUAACUCUGGUGAAUGAAUGUCUAUAAACGGAUCUAUGCAUUCAGCUAAAGUACAGGUCAGAAUCCUCUUGAAAGUGCACCACUUCAGAGUGCACAUGGAGAAUGGUAUGCUUGCCCCCAAUUAAAAACAAACAAAACAAAACACUUCUCACACUUAAAACAUUGUCCCAUCAGGGAAAGGUUUAUGCUAGAAUUCUUCUCGCUGACAAUCUGACUUUCCAUAGGCAGGAAGUUUUGAUAUGGGGAACAUUAAUUGUACUGCAUAUUGAAGUCCAGGACCCCCAGGGUAGCAUUCUCUGAGGUGCUACCUGUUCCAUGUGCAGGGCCAGCAAGAUAGGUGGACCUGAGGGGUCUCAAUGCAUGGAUGAGGACCUGUGGUGCUGGGAGGAGAGGUUUCGAUUUGUUAGGCACUGGGAUACAUUGGGGGGCAAGCAAAACCUGAACAAAAGGGAUGGGCUCCAUUUGAACCAAGAUGGAACCAGACUGCUGGCACUUAAAAGUCAAAAAGGUCACAGAGCAGUUUUUAAAAUGAUGGUGGGGGUGGGUUGCCAACAGGUACUGGGUGGUAUCUGGUUCAGUAAGCAAAAUCCUCUAAGGUGCAAAGGUGCAAACCUUUAAGAUAAAUCAGAAGGGGACAGAGUAGAACCGGAGUAGAACAGAUGGAAACACAUGACAGCUGGUCAAAUGACAGUGAGGGAGAUAGCACACACCAAUGCCAAGUAAAUUGUCUUGGUGUAUAGGUGUUUAUAUACCAGUGCCAGAAGCCUCUGAGCCAACAUGGGUGAGCUGGAAUGCUUGGCUGCUAAUGAAAACGUAGAUAUAGUGGGCAUAAUGGAAAUUUGGUGGAGUGGUGAGAACCAGGGACACUGUUAUUCCUGGAUGCAAACUGCAGGAUGGACAGGGAAGAGUGGAUUGUGGGUGGAUAAGCACUGUAAAAGAAGGGAUAGAAUCUAACAAGCUAAAAAACCUAGGAGGACUGGAGUCCUCCACAGAAUCAUUAUGGGUGACAAUACAAGGACUAAAAGGAGAUGAGUGUGCUAUUGCGUGUGCUAUUGCGCUCUGGAUCAAAAUGCUGAGAGUGUCCUGGAGUUGGAGAAGCAAAUCAGAGAGGCAUCAAAGAGAGACAGAGUUUUAGUAAUGGGUGACUUCAAUUACCCUCACAUAGACUGGGCAAAUCCACAUGCUGGUACAGACAGGCCAAAUUUCUAGACAUGCUAAAUGAGUGUGACUUAGAACAGUUGGUUGCAGAACCAACCAGAGAGAAGGUGACCUUGGACUUAAUCCUGACUGAUGCAGAGGGUUGAUAAAAAUCAUUUAAAAAAAAUCAGAUUAAAAAAAAAUAUUUUUUUAAAUUUAAAUUGGAUUUUUAAAAAACCAAUUCAUUAAAAAAGAACCCAGGUCAAAGAUAUCAUCAUGAAUAUUAAUCAUAACUUCUCAUUAUAGUCUUAUGAAAAUGUUAAGAGCAGUAUAUAGGGAUGAGUGAUAACAGACCUGAUCAAUUCUAUUCUGCAGGUGGUGUACAUGCAGCACACACCUUCAGUCAAGCCCUUGCUCCUCUCUCUCCCUAAAAGUGUAAAGACAAAGGUGGUCAAUAAAUGAAUAGAGGAUUUGGAAGGAUGGAGUAGACCUGAGCAAGGAGGAGUUAUAAAUUAUUAUAAAUGAAAGGGAAUAGAAAAUGAAAACACACGUGAACAAAACAUAUUCAUGCAAUCCUGAGGAAACAUUUUUGGAAUGUGUCUUCCAUUGCAGAAGGGAAACACCUAUCAUGGUAGCAGACUGUAAAAUAUACCCCAUUUGCAGGGGCAGAGCAACCACUGGGCAAACGGGUUCAAAGAACCUGGGCCACCACCAACCGGGCUGUGAGCAUGGCCCCAGAUACUCCCCCUGUGUCUGACAUCAGACGCGGGGGGGGCAUUAUUUCAGUCCCAAACGGGGUCGUGUGGCCCCGUUUGGAACUGAAAUCAGUCUGCGCUGCGUUGGCAGCACAGCUGGAGUGACUCUCCCUGCUUUAAAGGCAGGGAGAGCCACUCCUGGUCUCGCCAAUGCAGCGGGGUCAAUUGAUCUCCCUCCCAAAUGGGGCUGCAUGAUCCCGCACAGCCUCCCUACGCUUCUGCCCAUUUGGGAAUAUUUUAAUGAAGUUUCUGUGGGUAAGAGAGGCAUGUGUGCGAAAUGCAAACAGAGUAACAAAGAAAUGUAAUGUCUGGUUGCCUGAAAGAAACAGCAUUAUGAGAAGGGUGUACCUUUUAUAGUUUCCUGUGUACCUACUUUCUAAAAAUGAAACCUACAUCUGUCUCUGAAUAUGUAUUAAGGUUAUUUUAGACAACAAGAAUGUACUUUUAAUAGAAAAUGAUGAUUUUCUUGAUGGUGAUUUAAAUAAUUAAAAUUGAGUCAUUCUGUGACAUGAUUUAAAUUAUGAUUUGAAUCGUGAUUUAAAUCAAUUUGAUUUAAAUCAAAUCAACCCUGAUGGUGCCCAGGACCUGGUGCAAGAUGGCAGAAUUGUAGAACUAUUGGGGAAUAGUGACCAUAGUGUGAUCCAAUUCAACUUAUACGCAAGUGGAGCACUGCCUAAUUCAGUCCUAAUUCUCACCUUUGCUGGAGGAAAUGCCCAACUCUGGCUUUUAAAGAGCUGUGUGGACUCUAUUGUGUCCAUUAUGAAUAUCUUGCCUGCAUGGGAUUCCACAUAUGGAAGUGAGCAUGGCCCAUUCCCUCUCUGUUAAUGUUUACACAGUUGCACUCAUUUACACCUAUGGUUAGUUUCAGUUCACAAAAAGCAGUAAUGGUUGUAUCUAGUAAUCAUUCCAAUGUAAAUCUAGGUGCAUGGAAUAUGAUUUCAUGAAACUAACAGGAGAUGGACUUAGACAGACCAACAUUUAACAGCUCUAGAUGUGAGUUAUAAUAUAUUUACAGUAGCUGCCUGUGAUGCCACAGUGCUAAGGGUUCCACACUGCAGUUGACUUAUGGAGAAAUCCAUAGGAAAAGAAUGGGUUACAUUUUUCAAAAAUGUCAUAAGUCUUCAACGGCUGCUUUUUACAAAUUAAUGUUCUACAGGGUAAGUGCCUUAAAUAGUUACACAGAAGUGACUUAUGAAUAAAGAAACUACAUUAAAAGUCAUUUCAGUUUGAUCAUUGACCCAUGUUUAGAGUAAUUUUUAACAGCUCAUAGCUUAUAAUUCAUUAGGCAAUGCUGCUGCCAGCUUCCAGUUAUUUAGAUGGAGUUUGUACUGCAGCAAUACCCAAUAAAGUACACAGUUGUUAAUGACAUUCACAACUGUUCCAUUAUGUGUUUGUUUUCUUUACAGGAGGCCCUCUUUAUUUGCAGCGGUUCCCUUCCGCCAAUUAGCACAGAUAUUGAAACUGAAUAAAGAAAUCUUACACCUGUGGGAAUCCAGGGUUAGGUUCCUUACUCUGAAAAAAAUGCCAAAAAAGUAGGGAAGAGCAGAAAUAAGAACAGUAAGGCACAAUAUCUUGCUCUCCAGGAAUGCCCCCCCAAUCCUCUGAUUUUUCACUUUAAAAAUUGUUUCUUUUUUUUAAGCCACAAAAUGGUGGCUCUAAAUGGCAUCAGAUGUCAUUUCUGACCACUCAAGAACCACUGAUAGGCAAAAAUUUUCUAUAUAUUUCAUGCCGCGGAUAAAGAAACUGGGUUUCUAAGGAAUAAUACAGGAAACCCCGAUCUGCGGAUAAUGAGGGUCUGCUGUAUAUCAUGGUUGUAUGCACACUUACAGUGUGUGGAAAACUUUGAAGAAAUUCUACAUUAUAGGAUGGAGGCAUAGUUCAGUGGUAGAUAAUCUGCUUUACAUGCAGAAAGUCCCAAGUUCAAUCCUUGAUAUCUCCAAGUAGGGUUAGAAAAGACUUGUGUCCAAAAUCUUGGAGAGUUGCUGCCUGUCAGAAUAGACAAGUGAUCAUUGCUAUUUUUUUAAGUGGGGGCUAAUUUGACAAAUAAUUUUCAAUGUCAUUUCCCACUGCUGACCUCCACACAGUACUGCACUUUUCUCAGUGCUGAGAGGGCCCUUUGAGACAGAGCCCUCUCUUAAGAGCUCUGGGGAGAACGUGCUGGGAAGGGCUGCACUUUAUUUAUUUAUUUAUUUACAUUUGAUAUCCCGCUCUUCCUCCAAGGAGCCCAGAGCGGUGUACUACAUACUUAAGUUUCUCCUCACAACAAUCCUGUGAAGUAGGUUAGGCUGAGAGAAGUGACUGGCCCAGAGUCACCCAGCAAGUAUCAUGGCUGAAUGGGGAUUUGAACUCGGGUUUCCCCGGUCCUAGUCCAGCACUCUAACCACUAUACCACGCUGGCUCUCAUUUUCCAGUAUACACUUCCAGUACACACUUACUGAGGGCAGUAUAGAAAUUAAUCAAACAAACAAAUUAAUAAAAUGGUGCAGGGGCUCAAGUGCUUUGUUUCCCUUAACACACUCCCCCCAGCAAUCAAUCAAUCAAUCAAUAUCUUUAUUACAGUGAGUCACUGAGCAGUACAAAGAAAGGAAUACAUACAGAUGUCCAGCAAAAUAAAUCAAAAUUAAGGUGUAUUUUAUUUAUUUAUUUAUUUAUUUAUUUAUUAGAUUUAUAUACCGCCCUUCCAAAAUGGCUCAGGGCGGUUCACAACAUGAUAAAAACAAUUAAAACAAAUUAACAAUUAAAAUCAAACCAUUAAAACACAAUAAAGCCAAUAAAACAGCUAAAAGCCCUGAAAAUCAGGGCAACAAUUUAAAACAAUUUAAAACAGUUAAUCAUCUAAAACCCUGGAAGGCCAGGCCAAUUAUGAAUUUCUACCGGGAGUGCAUUCCACAGCCCAGGAGCAGCUACAGAGAAGGCCCGCUUCUGCGUCGCUACCAGACAAACCGGUGGCAACUGGAGACUGACCUCCUCAGAUGACCUUAACGUGCAGUGGGGAUCAUGUAGAAGAAGGUACUCUCUUAGAUAACUAAGAGUUAUAGUAACCAAAAGGAAAUAGUUUAAAUUAAACCAAACAAUUAAUAAUAAGCUCCUGUUGAAUUUUACUGGCUGUCAAACAAAAUCUCUAUAUAUAGUUCUCUAAGGUGUACUCGUGGCUAAUCCCGUGCGUGGUAGCACUUGUGAGAUUUCCUGGCAGGGCAGAACAGAGCAGAGCACAUUAAAUGUCAUACACCUCUAUAAAUAGCUACAAGCAAACUUUCAAAACAAUACAUCUAUCUACUUUCUAAUAAAGUACUAUCAUUCUGCUCCAUUAGGGAGAUCUAUACCCACAAGCAACCUUAGCAGGCGCGUAACAAUGAUAGGGCAAGGGGAGACAGUUGUCUGGGGGCCCCACUGCCUGGAGGGGCACCCCAGGGGCACCUCAUGUGACUCCCCAUUGCCUCUGCCCAGCCCCAUAGCCUCUCAGCCACUUGCCCUCUUCGCCGUCUCUCCUGCUUGUUCUGCUGGCCCGCAAUCGAAGCAGCAGGCAAGCUGCAAAGAGCUCCUUUUCUCCCGCCUCUCAGCUGAUCGGUGGGUGGGCGGGGCUUCCAGGGAGGCCUCCGUGUAGGCCGCAGUGAAGCCUGAACUCCAGUAGGGCCCAAGCAAGCCAGGAAGGAGGAGGCAGCCAGAGUGUUCUCUGCAGCAGAAGACCCCUUGCUGCCCUGCUUAACCCAGACCAGCAUUUGCCAGUUAACUGCUUGGACCAGCAUGCACAAUGUUCUCCAGACAGAGUGGCUUUGAUCUGGGAAAAAGAUGAGCCUGGUACUGAAGAGAGAAUCACCUAUAGGGAACUUCUGGAAAUGACCUGCCGUCUUGCUAACACUUUAAAGAAAAAUGGAAUAAAAAAGGGGGACCGAGUCGCUCUCUACAUGCCUGUAUCACCACUGGCAGUGGCUGCCAUGUUGGCUUGUGCCAGAAUUGGUGCUGUUCACACAGUUGUCUUUGCUGGAUUCAGUGGAGAGUCCUUAGCAGGGAGGAUCAAUGACUCUGAAUGCAAAGCAGUCAUCACUUGUAACCAGGGACUUAGAGGAGGACGGGUCAUAGAGCUGAAGAAGACAGUGGAUGAAGCUGUGGAGAGCUGUCCAAGUGUUAAGUGUGUCUUUGUGGCUCAGAGAACAAGCAACAAAAUCCACCUGGGCAGUCGUGAUAUUCCCCUUGAGGAAGAGAUGGCUAAGGAGGCUUCAGUUUGUGCCCCUGAAAUCAUGGACAGCGAAGACAUGCUCUUUAUGCUAUAUACUUCAGGAAGCACGGGGAAACCUAAAGGGAUUGUUCACACUCAGGCUGGCUAUCUGCUGUAUUCUGCCUUUACUCACAAGCAUGUAUUCGACUACAAACAAGAUGACGUCUUUGGCUGUGUGGCUGAUAUUGGCUGGAUCACAGGACACAGUUAUGUUGUAUAUGGACCACUCUGCAAUGGCGGCACCACAGUUCUGUUUGAAAGCACUCCAAUUUAUCCUGAUCCAGGUCGCUAUUGGGAAACGGUGCAGAGGCUAAGAAUUAAUCAGUUUUAUUGUGCCCCCACGGCAUUGCGAUUGUUGCUGAAAUAUGGAGAUGAAUAUGUGAAGAAGUAUGAUAGAUCAUCCCUAACUACCCUUGGGUCAGUGGGAGAACCUAUAAACCAUGAAGCUUGGCAGUGGUUCUAUGAUGUCGUGGGAGAAGGACGGUGCACCCUCGUGGACACUUGGUGGCAAACAGAAACUGGUGGCAUUUGCAUUGCUCCUCGGCCUUCAGAGAAAGGAGCUGAGAUUGUUCCAGCUAUAGCAAUGCGGCCUUUCUAUGGAAUUACACCGGUGCUGAUGGAUGAGAAUGGAAAAAUGAUAGAUGGCAAUGAUGUCUCUGGUGCUCUCUGCAUUGCAAAGCCCUGGCCUGGUAUAGCAAGGACUAUCUAUGGAGACCAUCAGAGAUUUAUAGAAGCUUAUUUCAAAGCUUACCCAGGUUAUUAUUUCACAGGAGAUGGUGCACAUAGAACUGAAGAAGGCUAUUACCAGAUAACAGGGCGAAUGGAUGACGUCCUAAACAUUAGUGGACACAGACUUGGAACUGCUGAGAUUGAAGAUGUUAUGGAUGAACAUCCUGCAGUACCUGAAACAGCAGUAAUUGGUUAUCCCCAUGAGAUCAAAGGGGAGGCUGCAUUUGCUUUCAUAGUGGUAAGGGAUGACACUCCAUAUCCAGAAAUGGUUACUAAAGAGGUCAGAGCAAUAGUUGCUUCCAAAAUUGCCAAAUAUGCUGUGCCGGAUCAUGUUUUGGUGGUGAAGCGUCUUCCCAAAACGCGUUCUGGGAAAAUCAUGAGAAGAUUGCUUCGGAGAAUAGUAACAGGUAAUGUCAGUGACUUGGGAGAUAUCACUACUCUGGACGACCCCAGUGUCAUCACAGAAAUUAUCGACACAUAUGAGAACUACAAAGCUAAGAACUCUACCUUGAAAUAAGAAACUGCAGAGCUUUGUUCUAUUAGAAACUCAAAGAUACAAAAAGAAUGACACAAUCUGCUCAUGUUCUCUCAUGGGCUCUGCUUACUCCUAUGAGGACCUGAAGAACCUCCUUCUAAAAACAAUCUGUAGACUAGAGUAGUCUGUCUUUUAUAUGUGGUUGCCUGCAUUUUCCUGUGUUUCACCUUUCUUUGACUUUUGAAACCACAGAACAUCCUAAUAUUUUAGAGUAUUUUAAAGCAUUAAAACCAUACAUUAUAGAAGCUCUAGGCAGGAAGCAUUAAUUUAGCCUUAAUGUCUGUGAUUCAAAGAAAAUAUAAACAACGUUUUGAGCAUUGCCUUAAUAUAAUUAACAUGUACUUGGCCAUUCAGGUAGGUUGAAUUGUUUUCAGUGCUUGAAGUAUUAUGGGUUUCUAAGUACAUGUACUAGCAAUACUAUUACACAAGUAUUAUUCUGUACUUGUUCUAUACGAUUUGAAAGAACAGUAGGAGAAAGCAUACUUCUAUCCUUCUGUACUUGUUUUUUACUUUAACUGCAUAGCCAAAUCACGCUUUUAAACCAAACUGAUUCUUUGUUAGUAAUAUGUGCUACUGUGAUAUAUACAGUUGUAAAAAUGAAUUUUAUAACCGUGGGUGACAGGGUACAGAGGGUUUUUAAUAAGGCUGCAUUGACAUCCAGUCAUGCUUUUAUGUCCAUUUUCACUUGAUUCUAAAUAGCCUGUUUUGUAUAAGGGGGAUGCAGUCCUUUCUUUAAGACAUAGUAAUUUCCCCUCCAUUUUUUUCAAAAACGAGAACAUGCCAUAUACGACACAUAUAUAUUAAAAUAUAAUUAUUUAAUUUCUGAA